AUGCCACGCUCCUUCCUGGUGAAGAGCAAGAAGGCUCAUACCUACCACCAGCCCCGCAUCCAGGAAGAUGACCCGAUCUGGCCUCCUGCCCUUAGCCCCAGGGCCAGGGACCAGGUCCUGAGCAAUGAUCCUGUCCUCAACACCCUGUUCCCAAACCAGUGCCUGACCUGGACUGACCUCAAACGGGAGCCAGAGCUGGAGCUGGACCAGAGCCUGAGCAGGACGGCCUUGGUGCCAGAGGGCCCUGCUGUAAUGCCCCGAUCCCAGGACAGGGACUCCGACUCACCCCCGUUCUACAAGCCCAGCUUCUCCUGGGAUGCCCUGGCCUCGUCCUAUGGCCACAGCUACCGGCAGGCCCCCUCCACCAUGCAGUCCGCCUUCCUUGAGCGCUCCGUCAGCCUGUACGGCAGCCCUCUUGUGCCCAGCACUGAGCCGCCCCUGGACUUCAGCCUCCGCUGCUCCCCGGGCAUGGACACGUACCACUGCCUCAAGUGCAACAAGGUGUUCUCCACCCCACACGGGCUCGAAGUGCAUGUCCGCCGCUCCCACAGCGGGACCCGGCCCUUUGCCUGUGACGUCUGUGGCAAAACCUUCGGCCACGCCGUGAGCCUGGAGCAGCACACACACGUCCACUCCCAGGAGCGCAGCUUCGAGUGCCGGAUGUGCGGCAAAGCCUUCAAGCGCUCGUCCACCCUGUCCACGCACCUGCUCAUCCACUCGGACACGAGGCCCUACCCCUGCCAGUUCUGCGGCAAGCGUUUCCACCAGAAGUCGGACAUGAAGAAGCACACCUACAUCCACACAGGUGAGAAACCCCACAAGUGCCAGGUGUGCGGGAAGGCCUUCAGCCAGAGCUCCAACCUCAUCACGCACAGCCGGAAGCACACCGGCUUCAAGCCCUUCAGCUGCGAGCUGUGCACCAAGGGUUUCCAGCGCAAGGUGGACCUACGGCGGCACCGCGAGAGCCAGCACAAUCUCAAGUGAGGCUGGACCUGCCCUGGGCUCCCGGCCAGCCUGCCCUGAGGUCCCGCGACCCAGAGGGAGGCCAGCCUCCCGCGCCCAGAUCCCCGGUCUCCUGGAGUCAGGGCUGGGCAGGAAUCUGUCAGCUCGUUUUGAGACUCACGGAAUUGCUGUGUGACCUCGAGCAGGUUGCUUUCCCUCUCUGGACCAAUAUUUUCCUGCUGCAAAAUAUGAGAACUGGGCUGGGUCUUUUCUGAGCUAAGUUGUUUUAGAGGUCUAAGAGCUUGGGCGCCUUGCCUCCCAUGGAGCCCUGACAGCCAGCCUAGCCCUCCCCCUCCCCCCAAGAGAUGCCAAGAAUAGCCCAGAACUGGAAUCCACAGAGAAAUCCUCCCCCUCUGCCUGCUGCCCACUGUGCUGGGAUCUGGUUUUUAGUGGUUCUCUUUCUGGCUGCCACAGAUGGCCAGAGCUGCUUCCUGCCCCAGAGGGAGGCCUAAUACCCCUCUGCUUUGGUCAGAUGUGCUGGCUGCCCCCCACUUCUGACUGGCA